AUGAUGAAAGGGUUCAAAAACAGACUUACACGAAACAAAAGUCAAUCAUCCAACAAAAAGUCUGACAAGAAAUCUCCUGAAAAGGAGAAAGUGGAAAAGUCGGAGAAAAGACUGUCUUCUCCAAGUUCCAUUGGCAGUGGAGGCAGUUCUUCUCAACAAAGUUCCAAGAAUCUAUUAUCGGGGUCUUCUUCCACAUUAAACAGAACUUCUUCUCCUAACCAAUCUAGAAAUAAUAGCAGUGCUGGAUCUAUUAAAUCAGCUACCAGUAACGCUAGCAUGACAUCCUCACCACAAGGACUGCCAUUACGUGCUGGUGUUGUUCCUCCAGCAAUCACUCCACCCAGAAUAACCACAACCGCGGCCCAAACCUCGUCAAAACCAGCAAUCAUUAGUGGCAAUUCACCAUUCAACGGCCAAUCACAGGUACAACAACAACAACAGCAGGCACAUACUCAACAAAACCUUCCGUUUACCCCAACCCCUACUUCCCCGCUCACAUCGUCAUCUUCAGUUGUGGCGGCCGGUGCAAGCACCGGCAUUCCAAGUACUUUGCAUGGCACUGGAUCUCCAUUUGAAAUUGGAAAAGCAAGCCACAGUCAACAUGCAGCACAAACUCAUUUCCAAUUGACUCCAAAUAUUGCUUCUCCUAAUAGAGAACCCAUUGAUAUUGAUUUGAUUGUUACACCUAAAAGACAUUCAUCAUCCAGAUUCGAACCUCCAAAUGCUGAUAGAUAUCAAGAAAUUACCAAGUUGCCUAACUUUGAUGAGGUAUUACCUGAAGAUCAAAUUCAAUUAUUUAUUCAAAAGAUCGACCAGUGUAAUGUCAUGUUUGAUUUUAGCGAUCCAACUUUUGAUAUUAGAGGUAAAGAAAUAAAAAGAAUAACUUUACAAGAGUUAAUUGCAUUCAUUUCAAACAACCGAUUCACUUAUACUGAUGAAAUGUACAAGCAUGUGGUUACAAUGUUUAAGAAGAAUCUUUUCCGUCCAAUUCCUCCACCAGUUAACCCUGUUGGUGAAUUAUACGACCCUGAUGAAGAUGAACCAGUUAGUGAGUUAGCAUGGCCGCAUAUGCAAGCCAUAUAUGAAUUCUUUUUAAGAUUUAUUGAACUGCCUGAUUUUCAACACCAAAUUGCCAAACAAUACAUUGACCAUGAAUUUAUUUUGAGGAUUUUGGAGUUGUUUGAUAGUGAAGAUCCUCGCGAACGUGAUUGUUUAAAGACAACUUUGCAUCGUAUCUAUGGUAAGUUCCUCAGUUUGAGAAGUUUUAUUAGAAAGUCUAUCAAUAAUGUAUUUUUACAAUUUGUUUAUGAAACCGAGAGAUUCAAUGGUAUUGGAGAAUUAUUGGAAAUAUUGGGUUCAAUUAUUAAUGGGUUUGCAUUGCCUUUAAAGGAAGAACACAAGAUAUUCCUUGUCAGGAUUUUAAUGCCAUUACAUAAAGUAAAGAGUUUAUCAUUAUACCAUCCUCAAUUGGCUUAUUGUAUUGUGCAAUUUUUAGAAAAAGAUCCAACAUUAACUGAAGAUGUUAUCAUGGGAUUAUUGAGAUAUUGGCCAAAGAUAAAUAGUCCUAAGGAAGUUAUGUUCUUGAAUGAAAUUGAGGAUAUUUUUGAAGUUAUGGAGCCUAAUGAAUUUGUCAAGAUUCAAAUUCCAUUAUUUGCUCAAUUGUCCAAAUGUAUAAGUUCUCCUCAUUUCCAAGUUAGUGAAAAAGUAUUGUGCUAUUGGUCAAAUGAAUAUUUCUUGACAUUGAUAACUGAAAAUGCUGAAGUUGUUUUACCAAUUAUCUUUGCGUCAUUAUAUGAAUUAACCAACGCUACUCAACCUGGGAUUGAAAAUGGAAUUAUGCAGCAAAAAUUACAACAUUUCCCUAAUGCCACCACCGAUGCCAAUGGCAAUUUAAUUGAUAGUGGAUUAGUAUUGCAAGAUUUACAACUGGGUAUAAUUCCAAGUUCAAAUGAUCCAAACCAUCCCCAUUAUAAUAUCUUUCAGGUUCAUGCUUCAGUAAAUAACAGAAGCACAGAUAUCAAUGGAAAUGAUAUGACUGAAGAUGAAUAUUACGAUCUGUUUAGCUCAAUGCAUAAUGCCAGCGCUAAUUCUAUGGACGAAUAUGGAGGAUUUGAUGAUAGCAACAUGUUACAACAUAAUUCUGCUACCUCUAAUUGGAACCGCAGUAUUCAUUCAUUAGCUUUUGGCGCGUUGAAGGUGUUUAUGGAUCAUAAUCCUGUGUUAUAUGAUCAUUGUACUGUAUUAUAUCACCAAUCGUUAGAGGAACAAAAACAAAGAGAAGUCAUGAGAAAGGAAGGAUGGAAAAGAAUUGAGGAGUAUGUUAAGAAGAUUAAAGAAAAACAAGACCAUGGAGCAGAAGAUCAUACUAGCGAGAACAUAGAAAUAGUAAAAAAAAAAAGAAAAUAGUUGCUAUAGCGAUGUUCGAUAGUUGAAGAUGUCUCAUCAGUUACCAGUAGAAGGUCUGCUUUCUUUAGUGUAUAUCUAUGUGGUUUCGUUUUUAUAUAUAUAUAUAUAACAUUUUUAUUUUGUUUACCUUGCCG